GAUGUUUAAUUGGAACCUAACUUCAGCUGCUUUACUCCAGGGAUUAAGGAUCUCAGUGAAAUGAACAUUAGCUACAGAAAUGACUUAUGUUUUGUAGUAAUGAAUAAUCUCAACCAGCGGGAGGAUGCUUUGAGAUACAGUUGGUAAAAAGUCUACAAAUCCCUAAUUAAACGACCUUUCCUACCAUUGAUGUGACAUUUACCUUCUAUACUUCAAUUGAAAAACAAGUAAAUCUGGUACAGGGAAAAUAAAAAAAAUAAUAAGGCUGCAACAGCUUGGUGGAAUCAAUGUGAACACCCUAAUAUUGAUCUUCUAAAUCAGUUUCAGCAUCCAGUCUUCAGGAGGCUAUCAGCAUCCCACAUCUUGGCUUGGAAAUACUUGUCCACUCUCCUUUUCAAAGGUUCUUCGAGUCUCUCAAACUGUGAGGACAUUUCUUCUUCACAGCCCUGAGGUGGUAGACCACAACAUUGACUUUUGAUUGGAUAAAACACAGUGGACCAACACCAGCAGAUGACAUGGCACUGGAAAUUGUGCGCUUCUCCAGACUCCAGAGUCUUGAUUUCCAAAUGAAAUGAAAAAUCUGCUUUAUUCUGAAAAGAGGACUUUGGACCACUGAAUAACAGUCCAGUCUUUUUUCUCCUUAGCUCUGGUAAGAUGCUUCUGACAUUGUCCCUGGUUUGGGAGUGGUUUAACACAAGAAAUAUGACAGUUGUAGCUCAUGACCUGAAUCCCUCCCCAAACUCUUGAAUUUUCUUUGCUUCAAAAAUCUCUCAAGGCUGCAAAGAAGUCAAUAUUGCUCAAGCACCUUUUGCUACUGCAUUUUUUCUUCAACUCAACUUUCCACACAGCACUCAAAAAACAGCAAACUUAAGUAGCCCCUUUGGGGCUUUUACCAUCUUUUCAGAAGGUGUCAAGUCGGCAGUUUGCGCCAUGAGCACAACCUAACAUUUCUGUAUUAAAAAUGUUCUUUCUAUUCCAACUUGUGUCGCUAUAUUUUAGAAGAAAACUGAAUUUUGGGUUUCCAUUAGCUGUAAGCUGACAGUCCAGCAAGAAGGUAAGCCACAAAAUGUCCAUGCUAAAGAAACUGGCUUUGCACGAAUGUUCUUGCGUGUUUUUGGAAAGUUGAGUGGAAGGAAAAAGUGUGGCAGAAAACAUCACAAGCAACUGUUUUUUAUUGGUCUUCCGUAAUAUUCAUAUUUUCUCUGAGCUCUGUGUAUAAUGAAUCUAUACAUAUUACCAAAUUCCCCUUUUUGAGCUACUGAAACACAUCAGCUUGUAAAUCUAAUUGAGAUGCACCUGUAUACUUCGGUCAGUGACAGUUACAGUUGCAAAGGCUGUUAUUUAUGGGCUGUGAAUCUGAAAAGUUGAUUAGUCACUAUUUCAGUACUUGUGUGGAUCCUGGAGGCUUGGUGCCUGGUAAAUUGUCUCUCUGCUGGGGUGGACUCCAGCCUUCUGGAAUUCAGUCUGUACUGUAGGAGUAUGCAGAGCUCGAGGUUCAACUUCUUGGGCUGUAGACAGAUAGCUCUGCGGGCGCAUCUAUGUGCAUCUGUGGUAGUUUGAGCGAUCAGCGGCAGGCUGUUUGCGAGAGAGAGAGACGGAGCUGCAAGCAGCAACACUUUGAGAGCAGGUAAGCGAGCCGGAAGAAGCAGCAGCAGCAGCCUUGACGCGAGUUGGACGCAGACCGUGAAAAUCAACGGGAGCAGGAGCGACAGGAACCGCGGCGGCCAGCUGGGCGGAGAGGAGGAGGAGGAGGAGGAGGUAGAUGAGAAGGAGGAGGUGGUACCUGCACCCAGACUCGUUUUGCUCCAUCGCGUCUCCCUCCCUGUCGUCGCUCUCCUCUCCGCUCAUACCUCUCGGACCGCUUCCUCGUUAAGAUGGCUGACCCCAUCAGCGACGGUCAGGUGCCGGAGGGCGCGCGCGGCUUCGCCCGCCAGGGAGCCCUCCGCCAGAAGAACGUGCACGAGGUGAAGAACCACAAGUUCAUCGCGCGCUUCUUCAAGCAGCCGACCUUCUGCAGCCACUGCACGGACUUCAUCUGGGGCUUUGGGAAGCAGGGAUUCCAGUGCCAAGUGUGCUGUUUUGUGGUCCAUAAGCGCUGUCAUGAGUUUGUCACCUUUUCCUGUCCUGGGGCCGACAAGGGACCUGCGUCUGACGAUCCUCGUAGUAAACACAGGUUUCGGGUCCACACCUACUCCAGCCCCACCUUCUGUGACCACUGUGGCUCUCUCCUGUAUGGGCUGAUUCACCAGGGCAUGAAAUGCGACCACUGUAUGAUGAACAUCCACAAGCGAUGCGUCGCCAACGUCCCAAGCCUGUGUGGAAUGGAUCACACGGAAAGGAGAGGACGCAUCUACAUCGCUGCCCGGAUCACUGAGGACAUUCUCGCCGUCACCAUAAACGAGGCAAGGAACCUGGUACCCAUGGACCCAAACGGCCUGUCAGACCCGUACGUUAAGCUCAAGCUGAUUCCAGACCCCAAGAGUGAGAGCAAGCAGAAGACGAAGACCUGGAAGAGUUGCCUCAACCCCACCUGGAAUGAGACGUUUGUUUUUAACCUCAAAGAAACCGACAAGGACCGCCGUCUCUCAGUGGAGGUAUGGGACUGGGAUUUGACCAGCCGGAACGACUUUAUGGGAUCGCUCUCCUUUGGCAUCUCAGAGCUACACAAACAAGGAAUAGAUGGAUGGUUUAAGCUGCUGUCCCAGGAAGAAGGUGAAUACUUCAAUGUUCCUGUCCAGCCAGACGGAGAAGGCGGCAAUGAGGAGCUACGACAAAAGUUUGACAGGGCAAAAGUAGGUCCAGGAAAGGCCACAGACUCUUCCUCGUCCUCGGUUAGCAAUUACGACAACAACGGCAAUCAGGACCACGUCAAGCUCGAUGACUUCAACUUUUUAAUGGUUCUGGGGAAAGGCAGCUUUGGAAAGGUGAUGCUGGCGGAAAGGAAAGGUACAGAUGAGUUGUAUGCCAUCAAAGUCUUAAAGAAGGAUGUGGUGGUCCAAGAUGACGACGUAGAGUGCACCAUGGUGGAGAAAAGAGUUCUGGCUUUGUCUGAAAAACCACCGUUCCUCACUCAGUUGCACUCAUGUUUCCAGGACAAGAACCGGUUGUUUUUCGUCAUGGAAUAUAUCAACGGUGGAGACCUCAUGUACCAAAUCCAACAGGUUGGCAAGUUCAAGGAGCCUCAUGCUGUGUUCUAUGCAGCGGAGAUUGCGAUUGGUCUCUUUUUCCUUCACUCCAAAGGCAUCUUGUAUCGAGAUCUGAAGCUAGACAAUGUGUUGAUGGACUCUGAAGGCCACAUAAAAAUCGCAGACUUCGGCAUGUGCAAAGAGAACAUAUUUGAAGGUGUUACAACAAAGACAUUUUGUGGGACACCAGAUUACAUUGCUCCAGAGAUUAUAGCCUAUCAGCCUUAUGGGAAGUCGGUUGACUGGUGGGCAUUUGGAGUACUGCUUUAUGAAAUGCUUGCUGGACAGCCUCCGUUCGAUGGAGAUGAUGAAGAUGAGUUGUUCCAGUCGAUCAUGGAGCAUCAUGUCUCUUACCCUAGCCCCAUGUCCAAAGAAGCUGUUGCUAUCUGCAAGGGGCUGAUGACCAAACACCCAGCGAAGCGUCUGGGCUGUGGUCUAGAGGGAGAACGAGACAUCAAGGAGCAUGCCUUCUUCCGUUACAUCAACUGGGAAAAACUGGAGAAUAAGGAGGUCCAGCCUCCUUUCAAACCCCAAACUUGUGGGCGUGAUGCAAAGAACUUUGAUCAGUUUUUCACACGCCACCCCCCACAGCUGACCCUCCCAGAUCAGCAGGUAAUAUCCAACAUUGACGAGAGAGAAUUCCAAGGCUUCUCAUUUAUUAACCCUGAGUACAACAAAACAACUCACUGACUAUGUACCAUAUAUCCUGGCUUUAUUAGACAUAACCCACACUUCACAAGCAUUCUUUAAAGAAAAAGCAAACAAAAAUGAAUUCUUAUGAUGUCAUAUAUGAGUUGCAUUCAACAAGCUUUAACCCAUUAAGACCUGAUGUAACAUAUUAGCACUUUUUAUGGCUCAGGUCUGAAAGGUUUAAAGACAUUUGAGCCUUUGGGGAAGAUGUUUUUGUUUCUCAAAAGUGUGAAAAGUACACCCAACUGGUUUGUCAGAGAUGGAGAUGAAGGUGUUAGCUUAGUUUAGCAUUUAGCUAAAACCUCAAACACACCUGGAAACUGUCACCUUGCCUUUUUUUUUUGCUUUUAUUUGACAGUGAUUGUUUCAUUUUUGAAACAAUAAAAGUCAAAUACAACAAUUAAAUCUUUCACCUGCAGUUAGCUCAUUUUAUCAUUACAUUAAGCUCAGAAGCCCCUGGAAGCCACUGCUUUCCCUAAUUUUGCAACCUACCUACUGCAAAUCAUGUUUAAUACUGAUUGUUUCAUUUUAUAAACAAUAGAAAUAAAACACAACAAUGCAAUCGAAAAGUGAAAACUGGUUCAUCAAUGAUUCAUCUGAACAUGUUGGCUCAAGUUAGCACAUGAAAAAACCCAGAGGCAUCUGGAAACUUCUAACUAGUUUUACAGCCUAUGUAACACACAUCUUAUUCAACAGUAAUUGUUUUCUUUUAUAAACAAGAAAAACCGGCAUUGUAACCUUUUGAACCUUUUGCCUUAAAAAACAUAUUUUGGUUAGCUUACUUUAGCAGAGCAUAAAGUACAGUGUUACCUUAGUAGCAUAAAGGCCAGAAAUGUCUGGAAAUCAGAACCUGAACUAUUUUUACAACAUAGCCUACUUACAGCACAUCACAGAAAAAACGUUUACAUUGUUGGGUUUUAUUGUUAUGGUUUGUUAAAUGGCAUAUUCAUGUUUAAAACAAACAUUGUAGUUAGCUUAAAUUAGCUUCAGGAUGGCUCGCCAAAAAGGAAUUUUUAUUAAUUAAAAACUUCAUUCAAAAUGGUUAAAGACUAUUUAAAACAUUUUAAAACGAAUUGUGUUCCAUUUUCACCCUCAUCUAUAUCUACGUCAAUAGCUUUUUUUAACCGAUAGUUGAAUAUUGGGUAAAUGCUAAUGUCGUAGCCUACUUGAAACACUGGUGGGGACGGCUGUGUGCUAAAAAUGGUUAUUAUUGGAAGUAAUUUAAUGGCUAUUGUCAAUUAACCAGACAUUAUCCAAAUCAAAUAUAGAAAUCUUUGUCCUAUUAACUUUAAUAUUAUAAUCACCUGUUCAUGUGGCGUGAAUAUUUUGGCUACUUUAUUUGGCUGGCUUUUUUAAAUGAACGGAAUUACUGAUGCUAAGAUCAUCCACAGUAGUGUAGGUGAGUCUUUCCAUGCAGUUUGGUAAAUUUGGGUGCCUUUUUAUAUCUUUGUAUAGCUGCUAGAAAUUCUGUGCAGCAUUGAUAAAAACUGUUGAGGUGACUCAAUGCUAGCUAGUUGAGUAAACACAAAAAAGACAGUGUAAUAACUAUCUCUCAAUCCAACAUAAUGUUUUCUCUUCUCAAGCUGUCAGAGAAUAUACUGCAGUUGAAAACCACGAAAGUAUUUUAUCUCUUUGUGAAUAUAGUUCAUCCAGAGGGAACUGAAGGGCAAUUGUACUGCAGCUUAUUUUCUGAAUUCUAACCAAAGCUUAUCACCUUCAGUCUCCAACUCUGUAAUCAACAAGACUUUGGACUUUGGCUUUUGGAAAGAAAGCAAAAAAAAAUGCACGCCCCAAAUGACAGAUCAUUUAAAUAUUUUUCAGAUAGAAAUACAGACAUAUGCACAACUGAAACCAACCAGUCCAAAUGAUGACAUAUUCAUGUUUACCAGUAGCGACUCUGUUCUGGGACCACUGUAGUUUAGCUUGUAACUGCUGCUCUUGUGUCAGCUAUACUGGCUGUAUUUCUAUCUUCAGUGCAGAUAUGUUGCUUGCAUCUGAAUGCCUCACAUCAGCAGGUUUCUGGAUGCCAGAGUCCGACCUGAACAUGCUCUGUCUCUGUGUCGCCCUCCCUGUAAACACCAUAUUGAUUAGGACGACUCAUUAUGGUAGUUGAUGAGUGUACUAUGAUCACAGGUUGGUAAUUCAUACAGUGUAAGUGAAAACUGACCGAUUGCUUUGCUAUAAUUGUUUGAAUACUAGUUUCCUAAUGUUGGCUUUACUUUUGUCUGUGGGAUCAAAUACUAUUACACUUUCUGUUCGAUGUUGUGGUGAACUUACCUGCGUUAUUUUUGCUGGUUUAUGAUCCCUGUACACAAAAGCAGGAAGAGUUGCAGUUUUGUUUUUCUUUGUUGUUUUCAUUGAAAGGUCAUUAUUUUCUCUGAAGACGAGUUUUCCCUGCUACACUGUGUUUUCAUUGGCUGAGGGCUUAUCUUUUCUUGUAAACAAUUGUUUUUCAGAAUUUACCACAUGGUGUAGACAUUUAGACUUUUGUGUUAUUAGUUUGUUAUCCUCCAGAAACAAGAUUUCCAAAAGUGCCAAAAUAAGGUUCAGAAUCACGAGGAUGUAGACAAAUACUGCUCCUAACAGCUGUGAAAAAGAGCAGCCAUCUUGUGCCAUUUUGCAAUACAAGUAUUAUUAUGAUGAUAUGCAUUACAGCCUAUCCUAACUGUUCACCAACAUUAAAAUGUUCUAAUGUUCUUUUCAUAUAUAAGAUGAAAUGUCUAAGUUGUAUCAUACUUUUGUAACUGUGCAACAAUGCAAAGUAGUAACAAUGUGUCAAAUCUUGUUCUUUGAGCUUGUAUCACACAACAAGGCAGCAGGAAGGCAACAUCAAAGACACCUGCUUUUAAAAGACUACGAUUCUACUUGAUGAGAACCAUAAGCACUAAUCGUGAUAAUGGUAACUGUGAAAAAUCAAUGUUGAGAUACAACAGAGAAAUUAUAUAUAAUAUACACACGAGUUCUAUAUCAGAGAAAUAUUUGAAUAAGUUGUUUCUGUAUGAGAGAUAUGCUAUUGUUGAUUGUGUAACUGCCCUGGAUGACUGGAAACUGAUAAUAUACUCACUGGUGCCUGCCAGAUUA